AUGUCUCUGCAAGAUGAGAAAAAAGUCCCGCCUGACGCCGUUGCCAGCUCGCCUCCACCUUCACCUCCUGAUAUCGCGGAAGGAAAAACUGUCUCUGAGCGAUAUGCCGACGUCACGCUGGGCUUCGUCAAGCAGUACGCCCAUACGGUGGAACCAUUAACCCCGGAAAAGGAGGCCAGAUUGCUCCGGAAGCUCUAUCUCUCUAUCAUGACGCUGCUGCUCAUUCUUAACCUGAUGCUUUUCGUCGACAAAGCGACGCUCUCGUAUGCUUCGCUUCUGGGCAUUUUUGACGAUACGCAUAUUAACCAGACCGAGUAUAAUAACUUGAAUACCUUGUUCUAUGUUGGCUACAUCAUCGCACAAGCCCCCGGCCACUAUCUAAUGCAGCGUCUCCCCCUGGGUCGAUUCGUUGGCGCCACCGUCUUCCUCUGGGCUGUCAUCGUCUUCCUGCACUGCGCCGCCUACAACUACGGAGGCCUCAUCGCCCUGCGUUUCUUCCUCGGCGCCGUCGAGGCCACCCUCGUCCCCGCCAUGGAAAUCACCCUGGGCAUGUUUUUCACCCCCGCAGAACAGGGCCUGCUGCAACCUCUCUUCUGGACGUCCUGCAUGGGCGCCCCCAUCCCUACCGGCUUCAUCGCCUACGGCCUCCUGUACAGCCGCAGCUACGUGCCGCCCUGGAAACUUUUCAUGAUCGUCACAGGCGGCAUCACGCUCCUGCUAGCCGUCUACAGCUGGUUCUUCUACCCCAGCAACCCCGUCGACGCCAAAUUCCUGUCCACGGAGGAAAAAGUCUGGACAAUCCAGCGCGUGCACGACGCGACCAGGAGCUCCAUCGAGCAGAAGCGCUUCAAACCCCACCAGUUCUGGGAGACAAUCCGCGAUCCCGUCUCGUGGCUCUUCGUCCUGCAGGCCUUCACCCUCAUGAUUGCCAACAACCUCGCCUACCAGCAGAAUCUGCUUUUCCUGGGCAUCGGCGUGUCGGAUCUGGGCUCGACGCUGGUGGGCGUCGCCGGCGGCGGGUUCGCAGUGGCCUGCUGCAUCAUCGCAACGUUCCUGCUGCGGAGAUUCCCCAACAACAACGCGUACUGGGCGACGGUGUGGUGUCUCCCCGCCAUCGCGGGCGGAAUUGGCAUGGUGACGGUGCCCUGGAACCAGGAGAUCGGCCUUCUGGCGUGUCUGACUCUGGCGAGCAACACAUUUGGCAUCGCGUACAUCAUCGGCCUCGGAUGGACAACGUCCAGCGCCGCCGGCUACACGAAGAAGCUGACGCGCAACGUGCUCUUCAUGGCCGGCUACGGCAUCGCAAACCUCAUCUCGCCGCAGAUCUGGGUCGCGCGAGAUGCGCCCCGCUACUAUCCGGCGUGGAUCGUGCAGAUCGUCAUCAGUUGGGUUGGCACGCCCGUGAUUCUGCUGAUAAUCCGAUGGAUCUUGUCCAGACGCAAUGCGGAGCGACGGGCCUGGAUCGCCGCGCAGGAGGAGUCGGGCAAGCAUGCGGUGGGCUUUGUCGAGAAGACUAAUGAAGAGGGCCGUCCGGUCAAGGUUGAGGUGGAAGUUUCGUUGCUGGAUUUGACGGAUUUGGAGAAUAACUAG